AGUCCAAGUAUUCUUAUCAACGGUGCUAAUGGUAAAUCAACAAAUGGCAGGUCACCAAAACGUGUCAGUUUUGAGAAACGAGUUGAGCUCAAGUCUGAUAAAAGUGUGUUGAAGUUUGUUUGUGGUGAUGAGAUAAUUGAUCAAGAAAAUCCUUUUCGACAACCUGAUAUAUCUGAUGACGAAACUGUACCCAAGUACAACAUAGUUGGUAUUCCGACCGUAAAACCAAAACCUCGUUUACCGAUUGCAAGAUCUAGAAACUCUUUGACCAGAUUGUCUACUGAAGAAGUUGAGAGGUUUAAAAGUAAAUAUUCAAAUUUUGAUAGCAUCAACCCGGACAGUCACUCGUGUGAUUUGGAUUUGAAAAUCAAAAUCGAAGGUAAGACUGUAGGUAAACCUGUAGUUGUGGAAGAAAAUAACAACGUGAAACCAGUUCCUGAUUCUGAACCUGCUGUAGAAUAUGCUACCCAAGAAAUAGUGCAAAAACAAUCCAUCUACGACAAUUUAGUGAGUGUUGAAGAAGUGCAGAAAAACGGUGACUUAGUGCACAACAGUGAAGACAACAGUGAUUCCAAUAUGUCUGAUAAAGUGAAAAAACGCGGCUCCGGCAUCCGAAAAAUCUUCCCAGUUUCCUUAUUCUCUAAAACAAGAUCGCCAAGUGAAAAUGGUAAACCUGAAACAACUUGGGCUGAUCGGAGUGCAACCUCAAAAACCAAACCUAUACGCAGGAUUGUUUUGGAACCUUCUAAAGACGUCAGUGAUAUCAAAGUUGUGCGCCGAUUUGGCAAUAUUGAUGUCCCUCGACAACCUUCUAUGAACUUGGAGGACCAGGUUGAAAGGAUGCAAAGGGAACUUGAAAUCGUGAGCAAUGAUAAAACAAGCAACUUGUACUCUGGUCCACUUUAUAACAAAGAUUCAAAACCUAAGUCUAAAAUACCUAAUAGCUCCAGCUCGUCGUCAAGUACGCUGAUAUCAGAUUCCUCCGACACCAAACCUCAACUCAAACAAAUUUCGCGAUUAAAAAAACCCACAGUGGACUUUGUUAAUAGAAGCACAGGUAUCAGCACUUCUGGUAGAAACUCUGCACCAAUUUUUUCAACACCUGGACGCACUAUGCAAAUAUCCAGACUGCCCAAAUUAAAUUCAUCAGCACCUGAUAAACGUACAGAAUCACCUUUGAACUUCCUGGACACGAAAUCCAAAAUACCUUCGACGAAAAUUGCUGCAAAACCUAGACCAGUGGCUAUUCCUAAUGCAGACAAAAUUAUAAACGAGUCAGGUAUUAAAUCUAAACCAGUGCCUGCAACUCGGAAUUUUGAAAAACGUGCAACAUCCUUCAACGUGAACCACAAAAUGGGUUAUCAACCCAACCGUAAUGUUACAGAUGACUCCAAAGCAUUUGAAGGAGUUAGUGCUGAAAUGAAGAUCACAAAAGCUCCUGUUGUGUAUAAUACGUCAAAAUUACGGACUAGAAGUUUGUCUCCAAGACAAAGGCAUAAGUUGGAUGGUUCUAAAGUACCCACAGAACCUAGUGAUGGUAUGCAAUUACUGCCUGAUAAGGAAUUCGGUGACGACAUUGAUAAGGAUGUUGGUGAUUAUGCCAAGUUGAAAAACCUAGGACCGACUAGUGACGGUAUUAAAAGUCCACAAGCUUGUAGUACACCUGAAAAAAGCAUUUGCAAACAAGAUGGUGAAAAGCAUAGAAAAAUAGGGUCACCAAUACCGGCACCAACACUUCCCCCGCGUGAUAUGCAAAAGGUGCAAACGCGCCAAAACGUCGAAGCAUUCUGUUGGAAAAAACUGCAAGAAAUGAACAAACGCAACGAGGAACAAAUCUACGCAAAUUGUUUCGAUCGUUUCAACAGCCUGAGAAGCCUUACACCGCCUGUGGUUCCACCACAUGCCAUAGAUCCCAUAUACGUAUCCCGUUCCGAAAUCGGCACCAAAGCCCAACCUCAAAUUGACCAGAAACGACGACAAAUAAUUCCUGCACCGAUUUUCAAACGUGGCAGUUUAGUAUCCGAGUCUGAUUUGGUGAAUCCUCUUACCCCAAAACGUGUGAGUUUUACCGGUGGAAACGUUUCUCCGAGGAUUCCUUUGGGGUUGCCAGUGCGCAGAAUAGUGACGGUGAACGAUAAAGUGUGUGACGUGUAUGGACGCAUUCACGAAGUGCCUAAAGGUUCCGAUGAUUAUAUAAGAAACCCUCAAUUAAGGAGACCUUUGCCUCCUGUUCCUGCAAGGGCACCUUGUGAUAGUGAAAGCGGCUCCGAGGCUGGCGAAGUGCAAAGGAUUAUGCAGUACGGAAAUCAACGUCAUCCUAAUGAGUCGGAUUGGGCUGGUCGACAUGCCACCGAUUCGGAAGUGGAGGUAUCCCGCGGCGGCCGAGGCUCCCGCCAAAGUUCCCGCUCCCGGGAGGACCCCCGGAGGCACACCCUUGGAGGCGACAUGCUCUACCAGCAACAGAUGCUACCUCAGAGGGCACUCGAUCUGGAGGCACCCCCAACCCGCGGCUACGCCCCUUUGGGUCUCGGAGCUGCCGGUCCGUUGUUCGACGACGACCCCGGAAUAAUGUCGGAGGUCGAGACCGCCUCCACUGGAUUCCGAAGAGGCGGCAAACAGAGGAGCUCAUUGCCCGUCGUACGAACGCCUUCCAAGACGCUCGAGAGACCUCUAGGUCUGGUCUUUCUGCAGUAUCGCAACGAGACAAAGCGCGCCCUGUUGCCGAACGAGAUAACCUCGAUCGACACGGUGAGGGCGCUCUUCGUGCGAUCCUUCCCGAGGCAACUAACCAUGGCUUAUCUCGAAGGACCCCACGUUAAGAUUUAUAUACACGACAGCAGCAAGGACAUGUUCUACGAACUCGAGGAUCUCAGAUCCCAUUUGCGCGACAUCCGCGACCGUUCCGUCCUCCGCCUGUUCGAAUCGGCGGAGGUGUCGGGCGCCUGCCCGGGCGUCGGCGUCGGCGGGAUGCCCGUCGGGCCGCCCGGUUCGAUGCCGGUGGCCGCCUGGGGCGACGCCGACCAGAGCUACUUCAGCGAACCGGAGUUCGACUCGGAGUACAGGCACCAGCACGUCCAUAAGAGCAAGGCUGGAAAAGGUGGAGGCGCUCCUUAUUAUGUUGGAGGAUCAUCCACUUUGCCAAGACUUGGGGGCUAUGACAGAAAAAGUUUACCACCUUCAGAUGGUUACAUGAGUUCUCCAGAACGUGGAGCACCCAGAGGUGGUGGUUAUGAAGAACCCUAUUAUUCACAGUACGGAACCCGAGCAGGAACAGUCACUCCUGUUAUAGACGAAGAAGUCACAGAACCUUCGUUACUUGAUGAAGGUUAUUCGUUGUAUGGCGUCAAGUUGCCCCCUGGGGGCCCCAGAAGUUCGGCGAGGCCCCCUUCGGCGCAGCCCUAUGAUCCGCCCAGACACAGUGACGAGUUGCAUCGCAUGCGCGUGGAGCACAUGGAGCGCCAACUCGCCAAUCUGACAGGUCUGGUGCAAAAGGCGUUGACUCAGGCACCAGGAACUGCACCACAGGCAGCCCCGAGGGAAUUCCUGCAGGUACCGGGAGGACAAGGCUACACGAGAGAUAAAUCCGUCUCCUUCGAGAAAUCGGUGUCAUUCUCCGACGAGCCUCCCGGAAUAUCGCCGAAGCAGCACUCGCCGCAGCACUCCGCCGAUAGUCGCCCUGCCAAGCCUGCUAUCAAAUCUUCCACUUUGCCUAGAACUUCUUCACAAGAACGAGACCGACUGAAACCAUUACCGCCCCCGAAACCGAUGGGAUUAGCCCCUCAAGCCGGAGGAGCCCCUAUGUAUAGAGGCGAUUUAAUUUUAGCCCCUGAAGUGUACAAUCAUUUGAGAGGUUUGCAGAAAAAGGCAAAAGAUUUAAGAACAGAGGUACGAACUCUUCGUCGUAUGUCCCAGGCCCAGGCUUUGGCAGUCCGAGAAGAUAUCAGGGACGCAUUUAUCAGAAUAAGGGCCACUUUGCUGGCCGGAGGCGCAUCUGCCUUCAGACAAACUGACCAGGAUAAGAUGCGACUAACCCGCGAAGAAGAGCUCUACAAGCAAGAAGUCCUCCGCCUCGAGUCCGAUUUAUCGGAGCUCGAAGGGUCCGUCGAGACCCUUCGAGGUGAGGUCAUAAAUCGGCGGACACGUGUCAAUAUGUCCGCCGUGGAGGACAUGGCCCUGGUGUUGAGCAGAGCAAGUAAAACUGUCGCAGAACUCAAAAUGCGAUUCCCGUCUCUCCAGCAAGGCUUGAGGGUGGCUUUGGCUGGGGAAAUGGAACAGGUUGUAAGAGAAGAAAAGUUCUUGAAGGAGGAGCCUGAACGUCUAGAAAGUGCACUACGUAGGUGCAAAAAGUUAACAGGAACUUUAGUUACACUGAAAAGGUUGGCGAGCGUACAAGAACAGCGCCUACCGCCGCCCGCAGGAGAAGCGCAGGGCGAAUCGCCGCCGCCGACGACUCCGACGUCGGCCCAGAGCAAGAGUUUGUAUAUGCAACCGAAUAUAUUCACAGUAUGUUUGACCGCACCAGUACCAGAAUGAAGUCACUGUUUUGUCGCAUGUCGCAUGUUCUAAAAUCGAAAUUCAGGCCGUGCCCGGGUCGCGGAUGGUCUCGGAG